AUGUCUGUGGAUGUUGUCAGCGUGGACUCUGUCGCGUUCAAACGGCAUGGGCCGGGAAUGCUGACGCUGCCGUCCACCCGCCACUGCCUGCGCUGCACCCGCCGCAGCGACCGGGUGUGCUUCACUCUGCUGCAGCCGGCCUGCGUCGUGCGCGAAGAGAACGCCGAGGCGCAGCCCUUCAGCGAGCCCCUGGGAGCCGCCUUGUCCGGCCUGCCUCUGCGCCACGCGUCGCCGCUCAAGGCCGCCCUCAGGGACCUCUUGCUUCGCGUGGACGAGGCUGCUCUGGACACCGAGGCUGCCCCCGACUGCAAAUACCGAGAUCCACCCUCGCCCACCACGCAAGCUGUUGAGCUGCUCACCUUCUUCAGGCAGUACUGCACGCUGCUGUCACUGGCGGCACUCGUCUGCCUCGCAGAGUGUGUGGUCGGUUGGUUUUGCAGGCGCUGA